AUGACUCAGAAGGAUAUGAAACUAAAUCAAUCGAUAGUUUAUCAACAUGCGUAUAAAGUUCCUGACGGUGAAUUUAUAGUUCACACAGUAAAUGGAGGAGGAGGAGGAGGAGAUCCAAGAUAUACGCCCGACCCCAACAGACCUCCUGUUAUGCAAGUUAAAAGACAAGGAGUUGAUAUUAUUCGAACUCCUACGACACCAUUCCAUCCAACAUUGACACACAGAAGAAUUGUAAUAGCUAAAUAUCCUUACAAUGCCAGAGAGGCAGCUGAUGUUUCUUUCCUCAAAGGAGAUCGAAUGGAAAUACUUGAUGAUUCAGAGCCUGAUUGGUGGAGGGUAAAACAUUUGAGAACCGGAGAAGAAGGUUUUAUACCAUGGAAUUUCGUGGCCGAAGAAAAAUCUAUAGAAAGCGAAGAUUGGUUUUUCGGUAAAAUUUCGAGAAAAGAAGCCGAAAGGCUUUUACUGUCCGUAGAAAAUCCUAGGGGAACAUUUCUUGUCAGAAAUAGCGAGCACAAUCCAAAUGGUUUUUCUCUAUCCGUUAAAGAUUGGGAAGAAGCUAGAGGCUAUCAUCCAAAACAUUAUAAAAUAAAGCCAUUAGACAAUGGUGGAUUUUACAUAGCCACCAAUCAAACUUUCCCUAGUUUACAAAAUCUCGUUAUGGCUUAUUCGAAAAAUGCCCUUGGAUUAUGUCAUGUCUUAUCCCGACCUUGUCCUAAGCCUAAACCUCAAAUAUGGGAUCUUUCCAUUAACAUGCGUGAUCAAUGGGAAAUCGAUCGUUCAGAAAUUCAACUAAUAAAAAAACUGGGCCAGGGUAAUUUCGGAGAAGUUUGGUAUGGAAAAUGGAGAAACGAUAUCGAGGUGGCUGUGAAAACGCUUCGGCAAGGAACCAUGUCGACGGCUGCUUUCCUCCAGGAGGCUUCCAUAAUGAAAAAAUUUCGCCACGAUCGCCUUGUCGCCUUAUACGCAGUUUGUUCUAAAGAAGAACCCAUUUACAUUGUUCAAGAAUAUAUGAAUAAAGGAAGCCUUCUUGAAUUUUUAAGAAACGGAGAAGGGAAAGAUCUCGGUUUCGGUGAUUUAAUUUAUAUUGCCGCACAAAUUGCCAGUGGAAUGGAAUACCUUGAACAAAAACAACUCAUACAUCGUGAUCUGGCUGCCAGAAACGUUCUCAUAGGUGAUAAUAACGUAGCGAAAAUUUGUGAUUUCGGAUUGGCUAGAAUUAUUGAAGAUGAUGAAUAUUGUCCUAAACAAGGGUCACGUUUUCCCGUUAAAUGGACGGCUCCGGAAGCCAUUGUCUACGGUAGAUUUUCAAUCAAAUCCGACGUCUGGUCGUACGGUAUUCUUCUAAUGGAGCUUUUCACAUACGGACAAAUACCAUAUCCGGCCAUGCACGGUCGAGAGGUCAUAGAACAAGUCGAAAGGGGUUACCGCAUGCCAAAACCCGCUAUGUUGGGAUGCCAUACCCGAAAAGCGACCCACAUUUGA